GACCAUGAACCAGUCCUGACCCAGUCUCUGACCUCUUUCCCACCCAGGUACCUGCUGGAACAGCGAGAUGUGGAGGUACUAUGCUUGCCUAUGUGGGCAUGAGGAGCUGGUGCUUUACCUUCUGGCCAACGGAGCCCGCUGUGAGGCCAACACCUUCGAUGGCGAGCGCUGCCUCUAUGGGGCAUUGAGCGACGCCAUCCGCCGGGCUCUGCGUGAUUACAAGCAGGUCACAGCCUCCUGCAGGAGGCGGGAUUACUAUGAUGACUUCCUGCAGCGGCUUCUGGAACAGGGGAUCCAUAGCGACGUGGUCUUUGUGGUACAUGGGAAGCCGUUCCGGGCGCAUCGCUGCGUCCUUGGUGCACGAAGCACCUACUUUGCCAACAUGCUGGACACCAAAUGGAAGGGCAAAAGUGUCGUGGUUCUCAGGCACCCGCUGAUCAACCCCGUGGCCUUUGGGGCCCUGCUGCAGUACCUGUACACAGGCCGCCUGGACGUUGGUGUAGAACACGUCAGUGACUGUGAGCGCCUGGCCAAGCAGUGCCAGCUGUGGGACCUGCUCAGCGACCUGGAGGCCAAGUGUGAGAAGGUGUCUGAGUUUGUAGCGUCCAAGCCAGGCACGUGUGUGAAGGUGCUGACCAUUGAGCCCCCCUCGGCAGACCCCCGGCUCCGGGAGGACAUGGCACUGCUGGCUGACUGUGCCCUGCCCCCAGAGCUCCGAGGUGAUCUUGGGGAGCUGCCCUUCCCUUGUCCAGAGAGCUUCAACAGCUGCCCUGAUGUCUGCUUCCGAGUGACUGGCUGCAACUUCCUCUGCCACAAGGCCUUCUUCUGCGGCCGCAGUGACUACUUCCGGGCCCUGCUGGAUGACCACUUCCGAGAGAGUGAGGAACCACAGGCCUCAGGGGACCCCCCAGUCGUCACCCUGCACGGAAUCUCGCCCGACAUUUUCACCCAUGUGCUUUACUACAUGUAUAGCGACCAUACUGAGCUGCCGCCCGAGGCAGCCUAUGAUGUGCUGAGUGUGGCUGACAUGUACCUGCUGCCGGGCCUGAAGAGGCUGUGUGGGCGCAGCCUGGCCCAGCUGCUGGAUGAGGACAGCGUGGUGGGCGUGUGGCGCGUAGCCAAGCUGUUCCGUCUGGCGCGGCUCGAGGACCAGUGCACUGAGUACAUGGCCAAGGUCAUUGAAAAGCUGGUAGAGCGAGAGGACUUCACGGAGGCAGUGAGGGAGGAAGCGGCCGCCGUGGCAGCCCGACAGGAGACGGACUCCAUCCCGCUGGUGGACGACAUCCGCUUCCACGUGGCCAGCACGGUGCAGACAUACAGUGCCAUCGAGGAGGCACAGCAGCGACUGCAGGCUCUUGAGGACUUGCUGGUGUCUAUCGGCCUGGACUGUUGAGCCCCUGCCCACUGCCCCGGCAGCCCCAAGCCUGUGUGCAUGUUUGUGUGUGCAGCUGUUCUUUCUGCUCCUUGCACACUCGAGGACAUCACGGUAGGCAGAGGGGGUUCAGUGGGUCUCCUCUCCCUCCAUAAGCCUGAGGACCCCAGGGGAGGAUGUCUUUGGGAUGAGCCCUCUUCCCCAAUGCACAUGCUAGCCCCCAAGACCCUGGGGCUGCGCACCACUCAGGAAAACCCGCAGUAGAGGUAGGCCUUCUUCUCUUAGCGCCUCCCUCCCCCAGAUCCCCUUCCCUCACCCUGUCCUCCUGGCCCUGGCCCUGCCCUGGCUUGCUUCUCCAGCCAGCUGCUCCUGUGCACAAUGCCGGGUAGGACGGCUGGGAGAGGCUGUGUGUGGCAAUAAAGCUUGAAUUUACUGUGAGA